AUGCCACCAACUACGAGGAACAAUUCACUCAAGGCGCUGCUGGCGAAACUAAAGGCACUGGAGGGUAUGUUCAACGAUAUUUGCCGUUUCGUCAAUUCGAUGAAUGAUGACACUCUAACGACUGAAGCGACAGUUCGUUUGGAUAAACUUGACGAACUGUGGGAACAAAUCAGCGAAGCAACGAUGGACAUCGAGAUGCACGAAGAUUUCGAGGAAGUUGACGAUACCUACCCCACGAAACGAUCGGAAUUCGGCGAUAGAUAUUUUAAGACAAAAUCGUUGCUACUAGAGAAGGUGAAGGACCCGGAGGUGAAGUCGAACCCUUCAAUUCGCGGAAUAGAACAAAACCAACAUUCAACUUAUGAACGCGUUAGGCUCCCACAAAUCAAACUGCAAACAUUCGAUGGUAAUAUUGAUGAGUGGUUGAGUUUUAGGGAUCUCUAUAUAUCGUUAAUUCACUGUAAAUCCGACUUGCCAGAAGUAGAAAAAUUCCACUAUCUUAAGGGUUGCUUAGUAGGAGAGGCUAGGUCAUUGGUAGACUCACUUGCUAUCACCAAGGCGAAUUAUAAGAUUGCGUGGGAGGCGGUGAUGAAGCGGUAUAAUGACAGUAAAUUACUGAAGCGUAGACAAGUGCAAGCAUUGUUCAACCUACCUAACGUCGCAAAGGAGUCGGUCGUGGAACUUCAGUCGCUGCUAGAGGCUUUUGAGCGCAUUCUUCAAACGCUGGAUCAAUUGAUACAGCCAGCCGAGUACAAGGAUUUGUUACUGCUGGAUUUGCUGUGUUCACGAUUGGACCCAACCACCCGCAGAAGCUGGGAAGAGCAUUCUGCAACAAUAGAUCAGGACACAGUGAAGGAUCUAACAGAUUUUCUUCAGAAGAGAAUAAGGGUGCUAAGCUCGCUGCCAACCAAAUCCAUCGAACCAAAGUUGAAUUAUGUCCCUCAACCGAAAAGAAAAUUGCCGACACAAAUGAGUCACAGUGCAUCGCAAUCCUCGAGCGGACAAUGUGUAGCGUGUCCAGGUAGCCACUUAUUAUACCAAUGCCCGAAAUUCCAAUCCCUGCCUGUAUCAGCUCGCGAUAAACUAUUGCGAAGCCUAGCAUUAUGUCGUAAUUGCUUCCGGCGUGGGCAUCAAGCCACGGAAUGCAAUUCUCGAUAUGUGUGUCGUAAUUGCAAGGGAAAGCAUCAUACCUUAGUAUGCUUCCGGCCGGAAGAAGUCCAACCAGCUAAGCGUACGUCGGAGAUAAGGGUCUCUACGGAAAGCAGCAGCAAGGGACUUCAACACAAUGUGGAGGAUAACACACCAAGCACAUCAUCAGGCACCAUUGUAGUAACCUCAAAUACAGCAUCCAAGGGAACAUCGUCCGUAUUACUUGCUACAGCGGUAGUCUUAGUGGUGGGUGAGAAUGGAAUUACGUAUCCAGCCAGAGCACUACUUGAUUCGGGGUCGGAGUGUAAUUUUAUGUCAGACCAAUUUUCACAACUCUUGCGAAUCAAACGUAAUCGAGCUGAGAUGGCAGUAUCAGGUGUCGGUCAGGUCAAUACGAGAGUGACGCAUUCGGUCAAGGCAGAGGUCAGAUCCAGGGUAGGGGGGUAUUCAUGUAACUUGGAAUUCCUAAUUCUCCCUAAAGUCACGGGAAAUCUUCCAUCUACGUGCAUCGAUACCACAAAUUGGAAAAUACCACACGGCAUAACCCUAGCAGAUCCAGCAUUCGCUAUAUCGAAAUCCGUAGAUUUAAUUCUCGGAAUCCAGCAAUUCUUCACCUUUUUCAAACCAGGAAAGGAAAUCCAUCUAGGGGAUGGACUACCCAAGCUCUCGGAAACGGUAUUUGGAUGGGUGGUAGCGGGAACAGUAAUCUCAUCGAGCAUCGCGUCAUAUCACUGUAACGUCGCGUCUACGGUUAAUCUUGAAGAACUGUUGACAAGAUUUUGGUCGUGUGAAGAAGUGGACAUUCCAAAUAAUUAUUCUCCAGAGGAAACGCUGUGUGAAGAGCAGUUCGUUCGGACGGUUAGGAGAGAUUCAAAUGGAAGAUAUAAGGUCUCUCUUCCAAAGGAUGCGAAUGUCAUGGAUAAAAUUGGUGAAUCUAGGGACAUAGCACUACGGCGUUUUCAAUGGUUGGAACGCAGACUUUUAAGGGACUCAGAGCUACGUUGUCAAUAUACCCAAUUUAUGGAGGAAUAUAUACACCUGGGGCACAUGCGUAGGGUACGCGUGAACCAAGAUAAUCUGAUUAAACGAUGUUACCUUCCACAUCAUCCAGUAAUCAAACAAACAAGUACGACGACGAAACUUAGAGUGGUGUUCGACGCAUCCUGCAAGACUUCGAGUGGAAUUUCUCUGAACGAUGCAUUAUUGGCGGGACCGGUAAUCCAAGAAGAUCUUCGAUCGAUAAUUCUCCGUUGUCGCACAAAACGGAUAAUGUUGGUAGCAGACGUUGAGAAGAUGUUUCGUCAAAUCAUCAUGGAUGAAGGGGAUCAGCCGCUACAGAGUAUCCUAUGGCGAACCGACACCGAGCAAGAAAUUGGAACGUACGAGCUGUCCACCGUAACAUACGGGACGAAACCCGCACCGUUUUUGGCUACACGGACGCUCAAACAGCUAGCGGAUGAUGAGCAAACCAACUUUCCCCAAGCAGCCAAGGCAAUAAACGAGGAUGUGUACAUGGAUGAUGUAUUGACGGGAACGAAUAAUGUGAAGGAGGCGGUAGAUUUGAGGGUUCAGCUUGAAGCAUUAAUGAGAAGUGGAGGUUUCAAGCUACGGAAAUGGGUUUCCAACUGCGAGGAAGUUCUUCAUGGUGUACCAGAGGAAGAUUUAGCGUUGGGAAGACAGGAUCAUGUUGAACUUGAUCCAGAACCAGCAGUGCGAAUGUUAGGCUUGACUUGGCUACCAAAAACUGACGGACUGAAACUACAGUUUUCAGUUCCGGAGCAACACCCAACAGAUACGCUAUCAAAAAGAAGGGUACUAUCUAUUAUCGCAGGACUGUUCGAUCCUCUAGGACUAGUUGGCGCAGUUAUCACAGUGGGGAAACUUUUUAUGCAACGACUGUGGAAAUUUGAAGAUGCGAAUGGAAGGAAAUUGGAUUGGGAUAGUCCAAUUCCCUCAAGACCAAGAGAUGAAUGGCGAGAAUUUCACAGACAACUCCCCAUUUUGAACACUAUCUCCAUAAAACGUUGUGUUUUGGUACCGGAUCCAAUCAUCAUUGAGCUGCACGUAUUUUCAGAUGCUUCGGAGAAAGCAUACGGAGCGUGUGCUUACCUGAAAAGUUGCAAUUUGAUGGGAACAACUCACAUAGCACUACUCUCCUCGAAAUCCAAGGUAGCGCCAUUGAAAACCCAAUCCAUUCCACGACUGGAGUUGUGCGGAGCGCUGCUAGCAACGCAGCUAGCCGAGCAAAUUUCAACUGCUAUCAAAAUCAAUCCAGUGGUUUAUUUUUGGACGGAUUCAACGUGCGUACUGCAGUGGAUAAGGGCAACCCCUUCCACAUGGACAACUUUUGUGGCUAAUCGGGUGGCAAAAAUACAGCAGACUGCGGAGAAUCGUACCUGGAACCACAUCCCAGGAUGCCAGAAUCCAGCCGAUCUUAUUUCAAGGGGCGUGCUUCCUGAAGAGAUUAUUGGGAACAAUCUUUGGUGGGAAGGGCCGUCAUGGCUACGAGAAUCCCAACGGCACUGGCCGAUUCAUCCAGUUCCAGCAAAAACAACAGAGGCAGAAGCUGAGUUCCGUCAGUCAGCGGUUAGUUGCGCGACAUUGCAGCAGGAUACUUUCACGGUUUGGUAUCUCAGCAAGUUUUCAUCGUUCACGGACCUGGUGAGGCGUACCGCAUACUGGCUCCGGUUGAUGAACAUUUUGAAACAACAAGGAAAGAAGGAGAAUUCACGGGAUUUUCUCACAACAUCGGAGUUAGUAGAGGCAGAAUAUGCUAUAAUUCGCAGCGUGCAGAAGGGAGAAUUCAAGAAGGAGUGGAAGGCAUUAUCUAAGGGCGAACCGGUCACAGAGAGCUCUCCACUUCGAUGGUUUAACCCAACCCUCUCAGCAGAGAAUUUGAUCCGAGUUGGCGGUAGACUGGAACAUUCAUUAGAAAGUGUCAAUAGGAAACAUCCGAUAGUUCUACCAGCACGGCACCCUAUAACUAGGAUGAUUUUUGAACAUUUUCAUAAGAAAUUGCUCCAUGCAGGUCCACAACUGCUUUUGGCAACAGUGAGACAACGAUAUUGGCCGCUACGAGGACGGAAUCUAGCCCGUUUUGUGUAUCACAACUGCAAUCGUUGUGCUCGAUUGAAGCCGACUCAAAUACAGCAAUUCAUGGGAGAUUUGCCAGCGGCGCGUGUGACCCCCGGAAGACCAUUUAUCAAGGUGGGUGUAGACUACUUUGGACCCGUCUUCAUACGGCAUGCAUCACGUCGACCAGCUUCUAAGGCAUAUGUCGCUGUGUUCGUGUGCAUGUGUACAAAGGCAGUACAUCUGGAGAUGGUAACUGACCUAUCUACGGAUCGUUUCAUCCAGGCUUUGCGACGAUUUGUUGGAAGAAGGGGAAAAUGUUCGGACAUUUUUUCGGACAACGGUACUAAUUUCGUCGGAGCUCGUAACCAGUUAGGGGAAUUAUCAAGAUUUCUAAGAGGAACCGAUAACCGAGAGAAAAUAACUAGAGAAUGUGCGAAUGAGGGUAUUCAGUGGCAUUUCAACCCACCUAGUGCCCCACACUUUGGAGGUUUGUGGGAGGCUGCGGUGAAAUCAGCAAAAAUUCACCUAAUGAAGGUUUUAGGGGAUUCGGUGUUGUCAUUCGAAGACAUGAGCACAUUACUAGUUCAGGUCGAAUGUUGCCUGAACUCAAGACCUUUGAUCCCAAUGUCCGAAGAUCCAAACGAACUGGAACCACUCACUCCAGGGCAUUUUCUGAUAGGGACUAGCUUGCAACAAUUGCCAGAGAUGAGUGUGACCGAUAUUCCGAUGAACCGACUCAAGCAGUGGCAAGCAACUCAGAAAAUUUUGCAGUGUUUCUGGAAAAGAUGGAGGACGGAAUAUUUGGCACAAUUGCAGGGGCGCACAAAACGAUGGCAACCGCCAAUCCAAAUUGUUGUGGGUCAGCUUGUAGUUAUACGCGACGAAAAUUUACCACCAACUCGUUGGAAAAUGGUUCGCAUCAUUCAACUGCAUCCUGGUAUGGACGGAGUCGUCAGAGUAGUCACUUUGAGGACAGCUACUGGACUACUAAAGAGACCAGUGGAAAAAAUAUGUUUGUUGCCCCCAGCAUGCCAACCUUGCGAAACUUAA